AUGGUCUCUGCUCUCUGGCACGCUUGUUCCGAGGGCAACCUCGAAAAUGUCAACGACCUUCUCAAGGAGACAUCGUAUGCGGAGAUCGAGACCAAAGAUCAAAACGGUGUGACGCCUCUCAUCGAAGCGGUCAAGAAUGGUCACGUCGAGGUCGUCAAGGCGCUCUUGGACAAAGGUGUGCGCGACCCCACAAACGCUUCCAGCGAAGGCCUCCCGGAUAAAGGCUACUAUCCUCCCCCGCCUGGUGCCUACUAUUACCCUGGCAUGCCCAUCGGUGCCCCGAUGAUGCCUGACGGCUCUGUCGCCUACUAUCCGCCUCCCCCGUCAGACCAGAACCCGGGUGGCAUGGGCAACUUGCCUCCGCCCGAAGUGGCUCGCAUGAUACCUUGCAGAUAUUAUCCUGCCUGCCGCUACGGAUCGUCUUGCAUGUUUGCCCACCCUCAAGCCCCUUACCUGCAGGGCCCGUUACCUCCUCCAGCACAGUAUCCCGCUCAUUAUGACCCUAUGGCGCCCCCGCCGUACCCACCGCCCACGUAUUACGCGGUGCCACCACCUUCUUUCCCUACUUCGCCUAAUGGUGCACCAAUGAAUGUCAUGUCCCCACCUCCAGGCGGCCACCCCGCACCUCCGCCCAUGUCCCACUCUCGGUCAGCAUCAGAGGUCGUAUCUCCGGUGCAAGCUCCCUUCAGUCCCAAUGGUGUGCCGCCGCCGAUGCCUUACGGCGUGCCUCCCAUGUCGCCCACGUACGGGCAUCCGGGUCAGGUACCUAUCCCUGUCUCCAUCCCUCCUCUUCCUCCUCUCAACGGCGGCCCGCAGUCUCCUCAACAGCAACAGGGGAUGUACCCGCCCAUGUCGCCUACAGCGCAGGGCGCCAUGUCGGCUUACCCCGUGCAGAGGGAUGCUCCUGGACCAUAUGCGCCUCAGGGUAGGCUUUUCAACGGCUCUGUUGUUGAUAGACUUGGUUCACAUUCGUCUUCGUCAGCCCCGCAAGCGGACGGCUAUGGUCCUGGGCCUGGCCCCAUGCAUAGGGAUGGUAUGUCCCACUACCGCCGGGGAGGUGCACGAAGACCGUCCUUCGGUGGUCCAGGUAGGAAGCCGCCCUGCCUGUUCUUCCCUGUCGGAAGGUGCAGGAACGGGGAUGAUUGUCGAUUCCCCCAUGUUAUGCCGGAAAACCAGCUUCCGUACCACCCUGCACACCACCCACCUCAUUUCGGAGGGCGAGGCGGGCAUCGGUCGCGUCCUUCAAUUCCCGUCAAUGGUGAUAAGUUCUCUGCGAUGACUGUGCAGGACCAGCAGCAGCAGCCUGAUGGCCAGCCGAACCAUGUGCGCAGUGGCACCAACGAAACCACUGCGACGUCAACGUCGAGCCGAUCGCAAUCCAGCGAUCCCGGCAGCAGAAGAGGUCCUCCGGGCUACCGACCGAAUCACGUUCCCAAUGGUGUACGCCCGGACAAGAGGCCCAUGCUAUCGAAGCCUCAGCGUGUGCCCAAUGCCGACGAAUUCCCUGUCCUUACCAGUAUCACUCCUCCUCUACGCAGCCCGGCUUUGUAUGGGCCCAAUGGCAAUGGCUGGGUGGGCCCGACGGCCGCGCAGAUCCUUCAGGCGCCACCGCCUCGCAAGGAUGGUCAGGUUUCUGUUCGUGGCACCACGCCAGAACAGAGCGUGACCCGUCCGAGUUCAAAGGAUGGGAAGCCUGAGGUCAACGGUACCCAACCGGAACCCACCAGCAAGUUGCCUGUCUCGUUCGCUGCUGCUGCCACUGCCGCCCCAGACGCCGCCAAAGAAGUCGCCGUCACGGCCUAA